AUGAUUGUUGUCAAUGUCAAUGACCGUCUGGGAACGAAGGCUGCGAUCCCGUGUCUUGCGUCUGACCCGAUUAAAUUGUUCAAAGCACAGGUGGCCGCGCGCAUUGGACGUGAACCGCAUGAGAUUCUACUGAAGCGCCAGGGUGAACGACCAUUCAAGGAUCAUCUUACACUAGAGGAUUAUGGGAUCAGUAAUGGCGUCCAACUGGAUCUGUGA